GACGGCGUGACUUACACAUACGCGACCGUCACCCAGUGCUAAUUUCAAAUAAACUUUAAGUGGGAUUCGCUGACGUGAACAAGCUAGUAUCUGCAGAAGUGUUCGCAUCAACGACAUGUUCCAUGACAGCUCACAAAGAAAAUACUGGACGUUUAACAGCGAAGAUGAAGUGGAGCAGUUGAGAUAUGAAGCCAACCAGAAGUUCAGGAAAAGGGUUCUAGAAAGUGGGAAGCACAAAAUAAGUGAGUCCAUCUUCCUGGAGCGUCAUGAAGAAGAUAUCCUCUUCAGAAACUAUGAGAGGCGGCUGCUGGACUUCUGCAAUGUGUUCAAACCUGCAAUGCCUAAAUCUGUUAUUGGAACGGCCCUCAUGUACUUCAGAAGAUUCUACAUGAACAACUCUCUAAUGGAGUAUCAUCCAAGGAUUAUCAUGCUGACGUGUGCGUAUCUGGCCUGCAAGGUGGACGAGUUCAAUGUCUCCAACAGCCAGUUUGUGGGCAACCUUGUGCAGGAGACAACGGCGGAACAGGAGCGGGUUUCAGAACAAAUCCUGGAGUACGAGCUGCUGCUUGUUCAGCAACUCAAUUUUCAUCUGGUAGUCCACAACCCCUACAGACCCCUGGAGGGCCUCCUCAUUGACCUCAAGACCAGAUUUCCUACGCUGGAGAACCCAGAGUCCCUGAGGAAGAAUGUUGAUGACUUUCUGGCAUAUGCAGCCAUGACGGACGCAGGGCUGCUGUUUUCUCCGUCACAAAUUGCCCUCACUGCUAUCCUGAGUAGUGCCUCAAGAGCUGGUGUCAACAUAGAGAGCUACCUGACUGGAUGUUUGGGACUGAAGGAUGACAAAGAAACCCUCUCCAAGAUGUAUGAUUCAAUGCGACGGAUUAAAAACCUCCUAAAGAGAUACCAACUUCCACAACCUCAGGAGGUGAAUGUUUGCAAACAAAAGUUGGCCAGGAUACACGCAGAAUUUGGCACAAGUUCAAACAACAAACGCAAGCGAGGCUAUGAGGAGGAUGGCCAUGUCGCAAAAGAGCCACGCUUGACAGAAGAGGAGUGGACUGAUGAAGACCUGAUAUGACCAAUUUUGUCAGUGUAAUCAACCUCAUUUACAGUACAGUGAUGUAAAAUGCAAUUCAGUAUUCAUUAGCAAUUGUUUGCUUUCAUUCUGUGAUUAAAACAAAAAAAAAAGAAAUAAAAGCUAUUUUUCUAAAACUCAGUGUUUUAAGAUGACAAUGAAACAGUCCAACUACUUUACAAAAACUGUUUAAUAAGUGCAUGCAUGUCUGAUACAGUCUGUACUAUUUCCAAAAAAAUCUGCUGUAAACACUUUGCAUUAUACUUGGUUUCUCUGAUUAUGUCUUGCCUGGCAUUACAAAGUUUGGAAAAAAAAAAACAAGCACAAAAAAAGCUUAAACAAUCAAAAUAGCUGAUACAAUCUGAGAGAGAAGAAUUCAGCUCACCUCACUUAUGUA